UUUUACGCACAGCUGAGCGGCGGCGGUCAGCCCGUUCAGAGCGAAGUGUCUUCGGCGAGAAGGGUCUUCGGCGAGCUGCUGCUUCUCUUCUGACAGAAAGCGGUUCCGGUUUUGUUAUACUUUAUGAUGCCCAUGAGAACAUAUUCAGAGAUGGAGCCGCCACACGGGGCCCAGUAUGUGGACCAGUGUAAGAGAAGGAGGCAUGGUGGUGAGCAGUUCAUCUCCAGUGGAACCAGCAGAGGCUCCCCGAGCCUAGAGUACACAGACCUUGAGGCGGCAGAGGCCCUGAUGUGCAUGAGUUCCUCCCUGAGCCAUGGGUCCUUCCCCUGCAAGCCUGCACAGAACCCCUGCAAGCCACGGCCACUGACGCCUGCUUCGGACUGCUGCGACCUGGUACUCUCCCCUGAACUACCAGAGACCCUCAAGGACUUUGUUUCCCUCUCCUCACUUAGUAUGACGCCCCCCCACAGCCCCAGCUUCACAGAGAGCUCCACACAGCGGUGCGGCACCGGGCUCCCUGCCCUGACCUCUGCUCCCGAGAGGCCCAGCGCUCUGCCCUCACCGCCCCAGGCCUGCAGGGCCAUGGAGACCAGUGUCAUCCGCCACACCGCAGACAGCACCCCCUGCCGGCAGCACAUUCCAGGGGCCCCCAGGAGCUGUAGCAGCGCCGUCGCGGCCACAGUUUGCCCGAAGCAGCAACUUCAACAACAACAACAACAACAACAACAGCAGCAACAACAACUUCAUCAUCAGCAACACCCACAACAACAGAAGCUGCGGCAGCAGCAUUGCACAAGACAGACUGGGCGGCCAAGCCCCCCUCCCCCUCCGCCCUCCUCUUGCACAGCCACCCCGCAGGCCAGGCAGCCGGCCAUCUACUCAAAGCCCAGUACGGACAGCACAGCCCCCAGGAGCCUUAUCACCCAGCUGGCCCCUCCGGUCCCCACCACCACCACCCUCUGUUCCGCUCCCCAGAUCUUCUGCCAGAUGAUCCCCGUGAGCAGCCAGUCGGGGAUCAUCUCGGCCUUCAUCCCCAGCACGUUGCAGACCGCCAGCCCCGGGUUGAGGACCAGCCCCACCUCCCUCCUCCCCCAGGGUCCGCUCCACGCCGCGCCCGUCCAGCAGCCCCUCCUGGUGGGCCCGGGGGUGCAGCAGGGCACGGUGAUGCUGGUGCUCCCUCCGCAGUCGUCCUUCCCCCAGGCUCAGCACUGCACGCCGAGCGUCAUGACCCUCGGCCACACCAAGCUGCUCCCCCUGGCCCCGGCCCCCGUCUACAUGCCGGCGGGCCCCUGCGGGGCCGCCACCCCGGGCGUCAAGAUAGAUUGCUUGCGCAGGAGGAACUAUGUGUGCAACUUUCCGGGAUGCAGGAAGACCUACUUCAAGAGCUCCCACCUGAAGGCGCACCUCCGGACGCACACAGGAGAGAAGCCCUUCAGCUGCAGCUGGGAGAGCUGCGACAAGCAGUUUGCCCGCUCGGACGAGCUGUCGCGGCACCGGCGCACGCACACCGGCGAGAAGAAGUUUGUGUGUCCCGUCUGCGACCGGCGCUUCAUGCGCAGUGACCACCUGACCAAACACGCCCGCCGUCACAUGACCAGCAAGAAGAUCCCUUCCUGGCAGGCGGAGCUGCGGAACCUAAACAAAAUGCAAGCCGGCAAAGCACCCUCCCUGAAGCCCAGUCUGCCCACACUGAGCAUGCUCGUGCCGGCUGUGUCGCGGUAGGCGGUGAGCCGUCGGGCCCAUCGCCGCCCAUCGCGCUCUCUCAAGGACACACAGGGAGCAGCCACACAGGCACAAGCCUGCUCUUUACUCAUGGGAAGAAGAAAAGAACUCGAAGCACCAUGCACUGGACUCCUCUUAUCCGCUCAUUAAUGUCUUAUAUCUUGCUCUAAUGGAUUCCUUUGUUUACUUUCAUGUAUAAGAUGACAUGUACGUAGCCGUUUGUUUUUGCCAAAGCCUUUGAAUGAAGUUUGCCUGCUUAAUGUCAAACUCACCGCCCCCGGGUCCUCUUUUAAUUGUUUAAGUCUAAGUGUUUUUCUGUUUUAUGCUUUCAAAUGCUUUUACUUGCCCAAUCUUAAGUAAUGUGUAACACACAAAACAAUGUACAAGUGGGAUUACCAGUACAAUGAUUAUACAACUUUUCAUAUUAUUUAAUACGUAUUUGUAAUAAAAAGAGGAAAAUGAGAAUCCUGUUUAUCACAAGCCAA